AUGCAUCUGUUUGCCGUCUCUGUGCUGCUAAUGCUUGCCUUUCCAUUUAUCAUGACCGAACUUGAUUCAUUCAGUUCAUGUCUUGAUUCUUUUUCAAAUGAAAAACCUCCAGUGAUUCAUGAUAUUCUGGAGAAUUCAGUCUCAAAGGAUCAAAACCGUUAUAAAUUGAUCUGCCAAGAAUAUAAAGGCAGAAUCUUUUUUGCAACUCUCUAUGACACAGGAAAUAAGAUCCCCAUUUUCUCAGCCUACAAAUAUACCGGGAAAGGAGCUUUCACAAGACCAAAGAUUAAUUUUCGCAGUGAGAGUAAGCUUAAUAAUCAGCAGCAGGCUCAAGAUAAUGACUAUAAAAACAACAACAUAAGGAUGAGUCGUGGUCAUUUAUUUCCCAGCAGCCAUGCAGCUGAUCUAGAAACUGCUUCUUCUACAUUCACCCUGACCAAUGCUGUGCCACAGGAGGAAAGCUUUAAUAAUGGAAUAUGGAACAUCAAGGAAGAAACUUUUCAAAAAAACAUGAAUGAAAACUGCCUUAGUAAUAACAACAAAGUUGUGGCCCAUGUGCUGACAGGAGCUAUACCUGGCACCGAGAAAAUGAAGGAGAAAGUGAACAUUCCUUCACACAUGUGGAUGGCUUUUUGCUGCUAUAACAAAAAGAAAGAUUCAUGGGUCUCCCAAGCUUACUGUGCUACAAACGAAGCAAACAGCAAAGCUGACCUUACUACAGAAAGCUUGUCUGAGUUACAGCAAUUCAUAAAUGUUAAAUUGGGGAAAGAAGUAGUUCUGUUUCAUGACAUGUGUAAAUAA